GAAAUAACUGUGUUCGCCGGCAGGUCCAGGGUCAGCUUAAAAAGUUGAUAUUGCGAGCCACUCGGUCAAUGAACAUUGUUGUAAAAGGUAUACUGAUCCAAGAUCAGGAAUUUGAAUUCGUUUUUACUUUCAAGACUCACGUUGUGUAAAAUUCUGCCACCACUUCCGCAUUGAGAUCUUGAUAAACAAGCUCAACAUCAUGGCAGUGGGUCUAAUAUCGUAUCAGACUUUGAGUUGUCGAUUGUUAAAUCGUAUGAUUUCGCACCAAAGCGUGAGCACAAUCUGCAGCUUUACACGCGCUUUAUCGAGAAGGACUAGCUCUCCGUACACAGAUCUCUCACCACGGACAGUCCACGGGCUGGUAAAUCUAUGCAGGAGUUGGACGUGCCGGACAUCACAGUGGUUGUCUUUUUACGACUCAAGAUCAUUCUCGUCUUUACCUCCACCGCCACCUUCUGGUGAUAAAACCAAAAAGACAGGACCAGUGACUUGGAAAUCAUUAGCAAUAACAUUUGCAUUUGGGGGUGUUCUCCUUGCCGGAAUGAAAUAUUUCAAGAAGGAAAAAGAAGAAUGUAAGGACUCACUCAUGGUGAUUGAAAGAGAAAGGACAAAGUCAAUGGGGAAACCAGCACUUGGGGGUCCAUUCUCUCUUGUGGAUCAGAAUAAUAAACCCUGUAAAAGUGAGGAUUUCCUCAGCCAAUGGGUCCUUAUCUACUUUGGGUUUACACACUGCCCUGACAUCUGUCCUGAUGAAAUAGAGAAAAUGAUUGAGGUGGUGGAUGAAAUAGACAGGAUACAAUCUCUUCCAAACCUGACCCCCAUCCUCAUCACCAUUGAUCCUGACAGGGACACACCUGAGGCCAUGGGGACAUAUGUGAAAGAGUUCUCCCCUAAGCUCAUUGGCCUGACUGGGACAAUGCCCCAAAUUGACCAGGUCUCUCGAGCCUACAGAGUCUACUACAGCCAGGGACCAAAGGAUGAAGACAACGACUACAUUGUCGAUCACACAAUCAUCAUGUACCUGGUUGGUCCGGACGGAGAAUUCAAGGAGUAUUUUGGACAGAACAAGAGGAGCGCUGAGAUCUCCUCUUCCAUUGCAUCACACAUGAGGAAAUACAAGAAGGGGAAUUAAGAGAAAUCAAUACUGAAGAACUGAAGGUUUCCAGUGUUUACCCUUGGACACUCCUAAUGGAAAAAAACAUGAAUGGUUGUCGUUGUGCAGUUACAGUUCGGCUUUACUUCCUUUACACUAAUUCUCUUUUUUAGCCUUGCUGUUAAGUCUGGCCCAAUACCUGGACUCGUCUCAGUGACACCAGAAACAUUUAUGCACUGUAAUAACUCUUUGGUUACUCGAUUUGUACUAUUCAUAAAUCAGUCAUAUUUCAACUGAAUUUCCAAAGUAAUGUUUAAUUUAUUAAACUUGGACUUACAAUUA